UAGUGCGCCAUAUUUGCAGUAAUUGAACUAAGAUCAACUCCCAGAUUUAAACCGAGGCUUUGUUGGGCCCUUGUUUUGGACCCCCUCCAGCGGAUAUGUCAGACCCCUUGUCUGCAACUCUCUGGUGCCAACACUGUGAAUAAGUAAAGGAAAUCACAUUAUUGAUUUCUGAACUAUACCAGUAUAUGUCAGAAAUGAGUUUUCACACUAAAUUUUUUUUUUAGUUGUUUCUCGUGCCAAUUACUUUUGGACUUUAACCUGUUGAUACAAAAUUUAAUCAACAUUUCAUCCGGUAAAUAAAGUUAUUAGAAAAUGCCCACAUUUAACUGAUAAGGUAACAACAGGAACUUCAUUUCCGAUAGUUAAAAUCAAGAUGUCUGUAUCAAAAGCCUUACAGUUUAUGGAUAAAAAAGAUCUUGAGUGUGCCAUCUGUCUCAGCAGGUUUCAACAACCAAAGACACUGAAUUGCAUGCACACCUAUUGUCUACAGUGUAUCCAGAAAUGGGUGGAAACUCAUGGAAAGAUGAAAUGCCCCACAUGUGGACAAGAACACGAUAUAACAAAAGGAGAUUUAAAAAAUCUAGCUUCCAAUACAAUGAUUAGUAAACUAUUAGAGUAUGUCAUGAAAACUGAGGAUCAAAAACCAAUUAAAUGUGUCUGUGACAACCAACCAGCAUACCACUGCUCAACAUGUCAACUGUAUCUUUGUGGAGGCAACUGUAUCAAACAACACAAAGCAGUACCUUUAACUAAGGAUCAUUCACUUUAUACACUAGACAUAAAGGGACAAGAUGGCCAACCAACCAAUUGCCAAGUUCACUGCAACACCCCACUAGAAUAUUACUGCUCUACUUGCAACAGAUCUGCAUGUGAGCAAUGUAGAUACAUCAUUCAAUGUCAUCAAAAUCUACAUGAAGUGAUUCCAAUGUUAACUGCUAUAGAAGAGUUUAACAGAGAUGCCAAUGAAGUUGUCAAAUUAGCACAGGAAACUGAAAAUGAAUUAACAGUAAAACUAGAAUUCAUGGUUAAAAGUAAAUUAUUAUUUAAAUCUCAACUAAAGCUAAGUAGGAAAGCCAUUGAAACUCAAGAAAAUAAAGAUAAAAGCAAAGAAUUAAUUUUGGAUCUGGAAAAGAUACGUACAGAAAGAGAAGAUGCCAUUGAUAGUAAAUUUAAAGAUAUUGAUUCUAAGAGAACUGAAAUGAAUAAUACAAUGGCUACAGUGAAUUCAAUGAAGAACAAACCAGAAGAACGAGAUGCACUUGGAUUCCAUAAGACAGUUAUCAAUGCUGUCAAAGACAUGGUCCUAGCAACUGAUUUUGAUAAAUUAUUUCAAAAAAUACAAAUUACACCAAAUACUCCGUGUGCACACUUUGAUGAGUUGAUGAAUACAGAUUGCACUUUUAAAAUAACAACUGCUGAUAGCAUGAUGUACAAGGUUGCUGAUAAUGAUAAAGAAAUUACUGUCACAAAAGGACAAACAUUUGUAGUAAAAGUAUCAAGUUUACAAGAGAGUGAUGCAUGCAGAUUAGCUGCAACACUAAUAUACUCAUAUAGAGUAUCGCCAACUAAGGUAGAAUAUGAUGGAAAUGGAGAGUACAAAAUAACAGGUACAUGCAAUGUGGAAGGUGAUUGGCAAAUGAAGAUAACUGCUGGAGCUGCACACAUCAAAGGAUCUCCAGUGAAAGUCAAGGUGGAACCAUUGGGACUUGUUCAUACUAUUGGUAACAUAUUAGAUUACAAAGAACAUAAUAAAACAGAGAAUGUGUCAGAUUUAGUGUUAGAUAGAGAUGGAUGUAUAUUAGUAUCAAGCUACAGUAAAGAUAUAUUGAAGUUCAACCAAUCAGGUUCAUUUGUUGCUAGGAUACAGAUGCCAAAAGAUGUGGAAGUGAAUAGAAUGUAUCAAAUGAAUGAUGGUCACAUGAUAUAUAGUGAUUUCUUAUCAAAAUGUGUUGUAAUGUGUGAUGAUAAAUUUCAGGAAAUUCGCUCAUUUGGUAAAGGCAUUUUGAAAUUUCCAAUAGGUUUGACAUUACACAAGGAAACUAGAGCCUUAUAUGUAGCAGAUCGUAAUUAUCACUGUGUGUAUAAAUUCAAUGUUGAUGAUGGCAGGCUGCUGGGUAAGGUAGGUUCAGAAGGAGGUGAAUUAGGCCAAAUGAAGAUACCACAAUCUGUCACUUUAACUAUGGAGGGUCAUGUGAUUGUUGCUGACUUUGGAAAUCGCAGAAUACAAAUGUUUGAUGCAAGUGGUAAGUUUAUGAGAAUACUCGUAGAUAGUGGUAAAGGAGAUGGCAAAGUUUGGGGACCUCAUUGUGUAACCAUGGAUAUGGAUGAGAAUAUAUUAGUAUCAAGUAAUGAUAAAUUACAAUUAUUUGAUAAAAAUGGUGUCUUCAUAAAACGAAUAGAUUGUGAAUAUGAUGGAUUAUAUAUCCCACUAGGAAUCACAGUAAUCUCCGAAAGACCAAGAAGAGUAGCUGUAGCAAACAAUGGAAAAAACAAUGUUAAAAUAUUCAACUAUUAAAAUUAUAUUGAAAUGCUCCUUAAUAGCUCCAAAGAUGAUAUCUGCAGUAUUUUAAUACACUAAUCAAUAUGUUUGAUUAAUGUAUUCAAGCAGAUUAAAAACAAAUGUAUGAGAAUAAUUUAAUGUGCUUAUAUUAUAAUAAUAAUUUAAUGUUAAUUUAAUUUAACGUUGAGAAUUCUGGUUGGUUUUUAUAUAUCAACUUGUUGAAGUGAGGGUACACCUGAUCAAAAACAGCUCUUUAUUACUGUAUUAUCAACUUUUUGAAGUGGGGGUACACCUGAUCAAAAACAGCUCUUUCUAUUAUCUUGGCGAGGAUAGAAAGUACUUAAAUUGUCCUAUAGUUAGAUGGGUUUGUUUGAUCUCCACCUUUAAACAUGAGACAUGUCUUUGCUUUUUCCAAUUAUCUGGGAAAAUCCUGUUGUGAGUGGUGAAUUAACUAGAUACUGUAGUUAGUGAAGGAAUAUACUAUAAUUGUUUCAGUCACCUGUUUUAAUAGUUUUACUGAGAUCUCAUCAUUUCCAGUAUACUGUGUGUGUUUGCAAACAUGCGGUUAAUGCAAAAUGGGAUAUUCUUUGUAUCAAGUGGAUAAUUUUUUGUAAUUGGAAAUAUUUUAAAUAAAAUUUAUAUCUUACUUCCAAGCUUUUGUUACUACCUCAGCAACUUCUUCAGGGCAACUGAUGUAUUUACACAGAUCACA